CUUUGACUGACACUGUGGCAGAUAGCAAUAGCAAGCUGAGCCGAGAGUUUUUGUCACAUUACAGUGAUCUGUCUCUACAGAUUUAUUGCCGAUCAAUACUGCUGAAAAGUGGGGACGCGUUUGUUUGCUGUCCAUAACACAUGCGUAGUAGCCAGCAAGUAAAGUAUACAUUUGAAUUUUAAACAAAUGAAAAUCUGCUAGUCUUCCACAAGAUUUCGAAAGGUUGUUGGUAGAAUAUGGCUUGGUCAAGAUAUCAAAAGUUCCUGGCGCUCAUGCUGGUGGUAACCGGCUCCAUCAACACGCUCUGCACAAAAUGGGCUGACCAAGUGGUUGUGAAGGGCUCCGAUGGCAACGAACGCGCUUUUGACCAUCCAUUUUUACAGGCCUGCGCGAUGUUCUUCGGAGAGAUGCUGUGCUUGCUAACCUUCAAAAUACUCUGGCGCAUGAAAAGCAACUCCGGCGGCCACUCGCUCAUAGAAGGCAACCAGAACUUCAACCCCUUCAUACUCAUGCCAGCUGCCAUGUUUGAUUUAAUCGGCACCUCCAUCAUGUACAUCGGGCUGACGCUGACGUACGCCAGCAGUUUCCAGAUGUUCAGGGGCUCCAUAAUCGUAUUUGUGGCUGUCUUAUCCAUGACCUUCCUCGACCGCGUCGUGGUCAAGCGCGAGUGGGCCGGCAUAGGCCUGGUGAUCCUCGGGCUACUGAUAGUGGGAGGCACAGAUGCCCUGUUCCAAUCAGCAGGGGAGUCCAAAGGAAGGAACAGCCUCAUCACCGGAGACCUGCUCAUCAUAGUAGCGCAGGUCGUGUCGGCCUGCCAGAUGGUGUAUGAAGAGAAAUACGUCGCUGGUCUAAACAUCCCGCCGCUGCAAGCCGUGGGUUGGGAAGGCGUGUUUGGGUUCUCGGUGCUGUCGGUGCUCCUGGUGGUAUUCUAUUGGAUCCCAGCGCCGCCGCACUUUGGGCACAACGCUCGUGGGACAGUCGAGGAUGCUAUAGAUGGAUUGGUGCAGAUCGGUAACAGCGCAAUACUGAUGGCGGCCAUAAUAGGCACCAUCGUUUCCAUCGCGUUCUUCAACUUCGCUGGCAUCAGCGUCACCAAGGAAAUGUCUGCCACUACUCGAAUGGUUUUGGACUCUGUUAGGACGCUGGUCAUCUGGAUGGUGUCGCUCGCGGUCAAAUGGCAGGACUUCCACUGGCAGCACCUGAUCGGCUUCGCCGUGCUCAUCCUCGGCAUGGCGCAGUACAACGGCAUCGUCCCCAAGGUGGGCUGCCGGCGCCAGGCCGAGGCCACGGAGCCCGAGACCGAGGCCGUCAACCCGGUGGCCGCGGCCGCCGACCCGGAGGCCUAGGGCUCACCUGCCGUGGCCAUCCCGCCGGUCCCCACGCCGCCAGGCGCCUGACAGUCGAGCGGGGUGGUGUGUUGGAACUCGAUUCCUUCCAUCCCCCCCACGCCGCUUCUCAGCGAUUCCUCAGUGGACACCGUCUCACAAAUGUCCUCAGAUAUCUGCUUGUCAGUGGAGUAAACUGCCCAUCAUCGGCGACCGGCGACUGUACACGACCGCGCGACCGAUGCGAGUAUUCUUAUGCUCCCAUACACAAUAUAUUGUUUCCUAAACGAAACAUUUGCGUGUCUUUAAGAACAAUACGAUUCAUGGGACCCGAAGGAAACUUGCAGCUACAAGGAUAUUUUCGUUCUUCAAAGGCAACGGCUUCUAAUGUGCAAUAGUGACUGCUAACAAAAACACUUAUAAUCAACUAGUGAUUACCCUUUUAAUGUUUAUCUGUCUCAAACACAAUCCUUGCAGUGUUUAUCUACGAAUUUAUUGUUUUUUCGAUGUCUGUUCAGUAAUUUCGUACCUAUUAAUCAUUUAUAAUGAAUGUUUCAACUUUCAAUAUAUGCUAUCACUUCUAUUGUAAGUAAUGAUACAACAAGUAACAAUCUUGUAAUAAACAUUUUGCCGAACAGAUGUCAAAAUGCUAACGUAAAAAUACAUUAGUUUUUAGUGAGGACCUUAGUAUGUCCUGAUUUAUGUGAAAUGAAUUUAAUAAUUAAAGGCUCAUGUUGAAAACUACUGUGAAUGUCCAAUAUAGAAUGUGAUGGAUGUAGAUCAUAAAUAUACCUACCUAUAUAUUUUUGUGCUAAGAUUUGUAGAAUUAUUUAGAUUUAAGUCAUAUUUAUUCAUACAUAUUAAAUACUUAUAAAUAAUGUCGUGAUUGACAUGUUUUUAAUAACUUUUACUCGACAAUACUAUUCUUGAUCUAGUAUUUAAAAAAAUGAUAUUUUAAUAUUUGUAUAAUGAAGUGAUUUAUGAAAACAUAAGUGAAACAAAAUUAAUUUAAUUGAUACCAAUUUGGCACAAUAAGAGAAAUCGUGAUGAUAAUGUACAAAUAUGAGACUAUUCAUUUUUAUCUAUUUCAAAAAUAAUAUUAUAUCGCUUAGCAUAGGGUAGCGAUUAGCUACCCUGUAAUAUUUAAACGGAAAUAAUGGCUUACCUAAAAAAAUCUAAUAUAAAGUCAAAAAUACCGUAUGUCAUUAAAAGGUAUCUAAAUCAUCGCCCUGAACUAUUUUGUAACGUAAAUCUGUUUUUGUAUAAUAUUUACUUCUUGACCAUUAAAUGGUUGCGCUAUGUACAAACUACACCAAACAUGGUUCUGAUUGAACAGAAUUUUUGUAUAUCCUUUUAACGCCAGCAAAGGCUGAUAAUGUAAACAUUUAUAAACGAGGAAGGGGUAGGUAGGUUAUAAUAAUGUAUGUAUGUUAGUACUUGGUUGGGAUAAUUCUAUAUACAUAAGGUGUGCCUUGGGACGGAUUUGCAAUCGAUUGUAAAUAAAGACAAUUAGUCUUAACAAGCGUCUAGACUUACGGCAAAUUAUUUGCCUCAAAAUUUAGUAAGUAAUUUCUAAAUUACCCCGAAUAUCGCGGGAUUCCUGGCGCUCAUGCGGUGUACCGAGCUAUCGGUCUGCCAAAUUGUGAUAAUGUAGUUGUCGUUGUAAUUACUCCAAGAAAAAAUGUUUUAACUACGUCAAAUGUCCCAAAUCUUAGAAAAAUGGAUUUCCACGUGUAAAUACAUACUUUGAUUUAAAUACAUGCUUUGAUUUCCCGACAUAAGUAAAUUUCAUAUCAUAACUUUGAAAUGGCAUGAUUAUUAAAAACUGGAGAGAGAAAGACUCUGAGAUGUUUCCAAAAAUACAAAAACCCGUGCCUUCUUGACUAUUUAUAUUUCGGAAACCUUUAAAUAGUCUUUCACACAUUUCAUUGUAAUUUGUGACUGAUAAUAUUGUAAAAUUAAACCAUAAUAAUAACUUAACACCUUUCUAAAUUUUAAUAUGGUGAGAUGAUUCAGAUGAUAGAUCGUAAGACUUGUAAGUCAGUCGGGAAAAUUUUGUAAAAGUAUUGAUGGAAAUAAUGAAUACAGAAAAAAGUGUUAGUGAUUAACUAAUUACACAUAAACUAUGUAAUAAUUCCUAUUCCUAUGAUAGAUGUCCAAAUGCUACAUUUUUCCGGUGAUCCUCUUAAAAUUAAUACAAGACCGGUCUUGGUAGGCCGGAAAGUAAUGCAAUGAGUGCCAACUGCGGUGCUAGAAUGUUGGUAGUAGACACGAGAAUGAAUAUGAGUACUGAAAAUUCAAACUACUAUCUCACAAAACUCAAGCUAGUACACUUAAAAUCUGGUAUAGAUUAUUUGCAACAAAACA